AUGCAGGCCCUGACCAAGGCCAAUAAGAUUGCAGAGAAGAGCAUGAAGAAUGAUCAUGCCACAUUGCAGAAACUCUUUGCAGACAUGGUCGAAGAGUUGCAAGAAGAGGUCACAGAGCUUGCGACAGCAUCGGGCAAUGCGGAGGGAGCUGUGCUGCAGCUCGAGAUCGAAUACAAGAAGAGCCAGGCAAGUCACGCAGCGGCAGAGGCUGCCUUCUCUCAGGGCGAGGCAGCGUUCAAGCAGACCUGCGAGAGUCUGUGCAAGAUGAGCCUGAACCAGGCGAAGGAGCUUGAGAAACUAAGCAAUCAACACAGCCAGUUCCUGGAGCAGUUUGGCACCACGGACGCCACGCUCCUGUUCCGGCAGCUGCAGGGUUUGGAGCAGCUGACGAGGCAGCUGCAGAACAGCUCGGUGAUCGAGCAGGAUUUGUGCUGCAUGGUGCACAGCAUGGUCACCUUCACCAACAGCUUGAAGGAUCAGAUCAUGGAUCCGCUUCCUGGAGGCACCGAAAAGAUCACCAAGGCGAAGGUUGUGCUGAAGAAGCUCUUGAAGCAGCGGCGCUUGGCGUACAAGGAUCUGCCCGAAGAGGACAUGCAGGCGCUGUUGAAGUAUGAAGCUGAAGUGCAGCGGCUUGAUCCAGAGGACGUUUGCAAGCCCAUCCUGUCUGCGGGCAUUACCGCGGAACGUAUUUGUGAGGCCGUGGAUGAGAUGGACAACGAAAAGGUCAUGGAACUGAAGAAGGACCUUGUUCUGCUCGUUCAGCAGAAGGCUUACGAGAUGGAUGAGUGCGACACGCAGGACAUCGAAGAGCAGCAGCGCAUCAAGAAGAAAGAGCUUAAGAACAAGAAGGCAGAGCUCCUGAAGCAAGAGGCAGAGCUAAAGCAAGCCCAGAAAGCACCUUCCAAGAGCAACGUCAGCACAAGUGAUGAAGACAACGACUCCACUUGGGAAGUCGUCGACAGCGUCCAGGAGAAGGUAAAUGACCUCAAGGAUGAGAUCAAGGAGCUCGAGCAUGACAUCAAGGAUCUCGAAGGAGAGAAGAACGGUUUCAAGAAGGCGCAGCAGGCGACACAGAAGAGCUUGGAGCCUUGUACGCGCACGCUCUCGCUCGCAGUGGAGAUUUGCUGCACUACCUUCCGGGAGCAGGUCGCUGAAGAGGAGAAAGCCGCUCUGCGAAGCACCUUCGAGUCCUUUCGAACCAAUAUCUCCAAGCCCAUGAGAACCUUCGUGAGCAUGACGGAGCAAGCCAAGAGUACGUUCACGGACCGCUCCUCGAUGCAGCCGCCCACUCUCCUGGGCGCACGUGGCGGAAAGCGCAUGGCUUUAGAAGAUGCCGAGUGA